CUCUAAUCAUUUUAAUGCGUUUUCGUCGCGCAACAUCAACAUCCGGGUGCGCGCGGCUUGGUGACGUCGUCCAGGAAGUGUUUGUGUCAGUCAGCUGACCGAGCAACAGCUACAGCUAGCACAUCGGGCCAAGAUUUAUUUUGCUGCUACUGAGGAAAUCCUGUAAUGAAGAAAUGAUGGCCUACUCUGAGUCCCGCAACCCAUUUGCAGACAACGAUGACGAUGAAGAGCGCUUCCGGCCUUCAAACAGGGGCUUCGACGGCGACCCCGGCGACAGCGGACUGAGCGACGCCGAAAGGAGACAGCGCUACCUCCAGCAGGAAGUGAUGCGUACGGCUCAGUCCGCGGUGGACAGCAGCUACCGUUCCCUCGGCUACAUCUACGAAUCAGAGAAGAUGGGUGUGGAAACAGCAGAGGAGCUGAUGCGACAGGGGGAAGUUCUAAAAAGGACGGACAAAAUGUUAGACAACAUGGAUGAGGAUCUGAAGACAAGCCAGAAGCACAUCAACAGUAUCAAGAGUGUUUGGGGAGGCCUGGUCAGUUACUUCAAGGGCAAACCUGACCAGACCAAACCUCCACCGGAGGAGGUAAAGCCCUACCAGGGCAAUGAAAGAUUACAGAGUGCUUUGGCCACCAGCAGAGGGCAAGAAGACAAGUACCAAGCAAGUCAUCCCAACCUAAGAAAGCUGGAGACAGGAGGGUUUGGGGCCACGGCAUCGGUAGACGGCGGUUCCUCCGCACAGAAUGGAUAUUCUCAGAACAGACACCUUCGACAAGCUCACCAGACCUUGGACAACAAUUUAGAUGAAAUGGCACAUGGUUUGAGCAGGCUUAGGAACCUCGGGUUGGGUCUCCAAUCUGAGAUUGACAGCCAGGAUGACCCCAUCGAUUCUCUGCUCAACAAAGUGGACAAGAUGGACACAAAAAUCAAUAACACAAACCAGCAGAUUAAACGGCUCAAAUAAAACAAACUAUUUGGACCUCACAAACAACCAAUAAGUCAUCACUUGAUUUCUAUCCUGACCCUAUCAAAAAUAAACUUGCUCACACAUCAUACCGUAUUUGAUAUAUGUGCAUUAAAGGGAAGACUUCAUGUUUAUAUUUGUAAGUAGUCUUCUCCAUCAGUCAUUCAGAUUGAUCUCAAUAAAUUUGAAUAAUGUAGAAAAAAAAAUUAAGUACUUCAAUCCAAAAAGUGAAACUCAUAGAUUGUCUACAGACACAGUGAAAGAUUUCAUUUCAGUUUUUAGAAUUUUGAUUAUAGCUUAACGCUAACAAAAACCUCAAAAUGAUGACCUCAAGAUAUUUAGAAUAUUACAUAUGAAACAAUAAAAAAUACAUAUAUUUAUAUAGGAAUUCGGUUGAACUGCCCAUCUAUUGUAGUUAAUAUAUUUAAUGGAUAUAAAGUUUCACAUUUUGAAUUGAAUGACUGAAUUAAGUCAACUUUUCUAUGAUAUUCUGAUUUAUUGAGAUUCACGUGCUGACAAAAAUGUAUAAAAACAUGCUGCCUUACUAUUGUACACAUAAAGCUGUUUCAAUUGUUUGUUAUUUCUCAUGCCAACAUCACUUGAAUUCUCCCAAAAAUAUUAUUUUUUUUUUUUUACUCCUUACUGAGCCUUUGAUACAUGGAUUGUUGAGAUAAAUUUGAAUGUUAGUGUAUAAAGGAUGAUUGGCAAAUAUAUAUCAUGUGAUUGACCUGGAAUCAUUGACUAUAACAUUAAAGUUGAAGGAAUAUCCCUGUA